CUCUCUCUCUCUCUCUCUCUCUCUCUCUCUCUCUCUCUCUCUCUCUCUCUCUCCCUCGUACGUGAGUUCUCUUCUUCAGUUCGCUCUUUGCCUUCCCACGUGUCUCGGUUGUUCCCUGUCUCGCGAGUAUUCCCCGGUAUUCGCGAGUAUGCAGCCCACGCCGAACAAACUGAACCUGAGCUUCGCCAGAAACGCUUACAGCGUCUUCGGUAGCCGCAACGCAGCUGCCGUGAACGAACAUCAGCGCGAGCAAAAGACAGAACUGCUCGAGGGCAACAAGGCCAACGGCCUCCUGCCGUGCUUGAAGAAUGGCGUGGACUACAUCAAUCCUGGUGAGGAAGAUCAAAUGGAGAUUUAUGGUUACAAGAGAAAUCGCGCGCGCGUCAUCAUUACCUGGUUCCUCAUCACCAUCACCGGAGGUUUCCUCAGGCUGGUCUUCCACUGGGUGCCGCAUUUCAUGCUUCUUGCCAUGCAUUCCAAGUGCUCGCUGGAGGAAGCGGAAACGGUCCUGCUGAUCGAGAGGUUCCAAGGGAAACACACGAGUUACUACGUGAAGAAACUCAAGGUCUUAACCGCUCGGGAAGUUGUGUCAGUAGUUUUCUUCCUCCGUGUGCGGUGGUGUGCGGACCCGACCGUUGACGAAGUCGUGAUACUCAUGAUCGUUUCACGUUGCAGCAACAAACCAUUCGACGGAGAAUCUCUAAUCGACCAUGAGCCAUGGGUGGAGAAUUCGAUCGCGGUGAAGGAGGAUGACGGAGAGGGUCCGAUGUUGUCUGUGCAUCUUUUCGGGGGUCAAUUUAAACAGGUGCCAUCCAUUAUCGUUUUCAACUGCAAGAAGCUCACCUACGUCUGGGACCCGGAGAGAUCGGAAUUCCUGAAGCUGCGCGGCCUCGAUGUCGACGUUCUGACGUCGUCGUUACAUCAGAUGCAAGGUCUCAGUUCCCAGGAACAGUACAUGAGGCGCAGCGUUUACGGCAACAACGAGAUCGUGAUUCCCGUGAAGAGCAUAUGCACGCUGCUCUGUCUCGAAGUGCUUAAUCCGUUCUAUGUCUUCCAAUUGUUCAGCUUCUGUCUGUGGAUCGCGGACGAUUAUUACUACUAUGCUGUAGUCAUCCUCAUAAUGUCGAGCGCCGGCGUCAUAAUGGCAGUCUUCCAGACGCGACGCAAUCAGCAAAAUUUGCGAUCGACGGUAUACUCGUCCGACGUCGCCACGGUUAUGAGGGAUCGAGUGACCGGUCAGACCGAGACGGUGCCUGCGGAACGUCUGGUGCCCGGUGACGUCCUGGUCAUCCCAUCUCAUGGGUGCCUAAUGCCGUGCGACGCUGUGUUGCUGACCGGCAACUGCAUCAUCAACGAGUCCAUGUUGACGGGCGAGUCAGUGCCCAUCACGAAGACGCCAGUUCCUUCCUCCAACGAUAUAAUAUACAAUGCCAAAGAACAUGCCAGACACACACUUUUCUGCGGCACUAGAGUCAUUCAAACGAGAUAUUACGGGAGCGAGAAGGUGUUGGCGUUGGUUAUCAGAACCGGCUUCAACACCAGCAAAGGCGGCCUGGUGAGAUCCAUCAUGUAUCCCCCACCAGUCGAUUUCAAGUUUGAGCGGGAUUCCUACAAGUUUGUCAUGAUGUUGGGAUGCAUAGCUGGCAUAGGUGUCAUUUGCACCAUCGUGACCAAAGUGAUGAGACACAUACCGUCUAGCCAUAUCGCUUUGGAAGCGUUGGAUCUUAUCACCAUCGUGGUGCCCCCUGCAUUGCCGGCUGCAAUGACCGUCGGACGUCUCGUGGCGCAACGUAGAUUAGAAAAGAAGAAGAUAUACUGCACGAGUCCCAGGACCAUCAACGUGUCGGGCUCCAUCGAUUGCAUUUGCUUCGAUAAGACUGGAACGCUCACCGAGGACGGUCUGGAUAUGUGGGGUGUGGUGACGGUUUCGGACAGGAAAUUCCAGUUGCCGGUGAAAGAUAUCGCUAGCUUGCCGCUAUCGGAGGCUCUCAUCGGGAUGGUUACGUGCCAUGGAAUUACUAUAAUCGAUAACCAACUGGCGGGGGAUCCUCUUGAUCUGAAGAUGUUCGAAUCGACUGGCUGGACGCUGGAAGAACCCGAUGUAUCCGACACGUCCAAGUUUUCGAUGCUUUUUCCAACUAUCGUCAGACCGGCGAAGGAUUCCAAGUUGCUGAAGAAACUGCCCAACGAUUUAUGCGAGACGCUCAGUCGACAAAACUCCAUGUCUUCCGACGUGGUCGACGGUAUAUCCCUGAACAACCUCGACGCUGCUUUCGUCGGUUCCGCCACGGAGCUGGGCGAGCAAGGAUUGGAGGUGGGCAUUGUGCGGCAGUUUCCCUUCACGUCGACCCUCCAGAGAAUGAGCGUGAUCACCAGGACAUUGGGGGCGAAUCACUACGACCUCUACUGCAAGGGCAGCCCGGAAAUGAUCCUCAGCCUUUCCAAAGCAGAGUCCGUUCCUCCAGAUUUCGCGGCAGUUCUACAAGAGUACACGUCCGAGGGUUACCGAGUGAUCGCUCUCGCGCAUAAAUCCUUGAAUCGUCUUCCAUACGCCAAGGUGCAACGCAUAAAUCGCGAGGCUGCCGAGAUCGACUUAACCUUCCUGGGAUUUGUAGUGAUGGAGAACCGACUGAAGGCCGAAACCUCGCCGGUAAUCGGAGCGUUGAAUGCUGCUUGUAUCAAGACGGUAAUGGUGACGGGCGACAAUAUGCUGACCGCCCUCUCAGUAGCUAGGGACUGCAAUAUCGUGAAGCCGGGCACACCGGUGGUCGUGGUCUCGACGAACCAAUACAAUCAGCUGAAGCCGCAGAUUUACUUUACGAAAAGCGACAGCCAGCCGUCGCCUACCUCGCCGAACGGCCAGCCCGACCUCAGCGAAAUGACCGAUCUCAACAGCGUGGUCAGUUUGGAAACCGUCGAAAGCGGCUCUUUCGCCAACACCAAGCUGGAGAACGACAUCGACUACCUCUCGAACGACGUACAAUAUUCCAAGAACAAGUACGUGUUUGCGCUGACGGGGAAGACGUGGGCAACAGUGAAGCAGCACUAUCCGGAACUGAUAGCCAAGUUAGUCACCCGCGGCGCGAUUUUCGCGAGAAUGUCACCUGACCAGAAGCAGCAGUUGGUUCAGGAGCUGCAGGCGUUGGGAUAUUACGUCGCCAUGGUGGGAGACGGUGCCAACGAUUGCGGUGCGUUGAAGGCGGCACACACCGGGAUCUCCUUGUCGGAUACGGAAUCUUCCGUCGCGUCACCCUUCACCAGUCGCGAGACCAACAUCUCCUGCGUGUUGACGGUAAUACGUCAAGGUCGGGCCGCGCUAGUCACGUCUUUCGGCAUCUUCAAGUACAUGGCCGGUUACUCGCUCACGCAGUUCAUCUCGGUGAUGAACCUCUACAGCAUCGACUCCAAUUUGACGGACGUGCAAUUCUUGUACAUCGAUCUCUUCAUCAUCUCUAUAUUCGCCUUCUUCUUCGGCCGGACCGAGGCUUACGAGGGACCGCUGGUGAAGACACCGCCGCUCAACAGCCUCGUCAGCACGUCGCCGAUAGUCAGCUUGGUCACGCAAAUCGUCAUAGUCGCUAUCUUCCAGUACAUGAGCUUCUGGCAUCUGCAGCAGAUGCCGUGGUUCGUCCCGUUCAACGCUACCGCGUUGGAGGAUAAGGACGACGUAGGCUGCCUGGAGAAUUACACGAUCUUCAUCGUCAGCUCCAUGCAGUACAUCAUCUUGGCUGUGGUGUUCUCGAAAGGACCGCCCUACAGGAAGUCGCUCUUCACCAACUACGGUCUGCUCACCUCCUUCGUGUGCCUCAGUCUCUUCUCUGUCUAUCUCGCGGUGUGUCCCUUCGACUGGCUGGCCAAAUGGUUCGAGCUCGUAACGCCCAGAGAUCUGGUCUUCCGCUUCUUCAUGGUCGGCUACGGUAUGGUGAACUUUAUGAUCGCGCUGUUGGUCGAGCGCUUCUUCAUCGAGUACCUCGUCUUCGGCAAGCUGCGCUACCGUUGGCACGACGUGGACAAGUCCCGGCGAAAAUUUCUGGCGAUCGAUCGCGACAUGGCGAACGACCUCAAGUGGCCGCCGAUCUCGCAGGAGCCACUACCGGAGAUCGCACCCAACGUGCCGAUCCGCCAGAACGUCACCGAGAUCAAGAUCGAGAAGAGGAUCGCCGAGCCGUGCCACCCCGCCGACACCAGUUUCAUGAACAGCUCGCCCGUUUGCGCCGGCUUCAAGCACUUUGGCUCCGCCCGCGAGGUCACCCUGAAUCCCAGAUCCCUCUUUGACCACUGCCGCAACACGGUAUCGAUGCAGACGGUGCCGUGCUUCGAGGACACGGACUCGUCCGUGCAGCCGAAGCAGUCGAACGAGGAGCCCGCGUCGUCGAAGCGAUGGCACAAUUCGGAAUCGGAGAAUGGCAUCAAUCGUUACGAGAAGCCCUACAUGAACCAACACAACACCAAUCCCAUCGCCACGCUACCGCGGAACCCGAACGCGACUCUCCAGCCGCAGAAACUUCAGAGGGACUUUAAGGAUGUUCUGGUGCACAAAAGCGACGAUCAAGUGUCGCCCGGCAAUACUCACAGCGUGCUCGAAUUAGACAUUCUGCCGUCCUGAGGAUUGAGAUAUUCGAAGGACCGCUCGAACGGUAGCUGAACGGCCUUGCACGAAGAACGCCGAUGAAUUCGGAGUAUUAUUAGAGAGAUUAUUUGGAAUCUCUCGCGUUCAACCGUUCGGACCGUCGCGACUGCGGAACGUCGGAGUGACGAUUAAUAAAGAUUUCGCAAGAAACUCGCUGGUAAAUUCCGACUUGAUUACUCGCGGACACCCAGACGUUGUAAUCUCGAUCAUCCCCCCCCUAUUUGUGAUAUCCAGGUUCACGAUGUAUUUCGUUCGAUCGACGUUUUAGUUUUAUCGUUGUAAAGAGCCAACUGAUCGUACCGCGUCGUCGAUCGGACGAUGCAUUCGAGUCGAUGCAUUUAGCCUGUCCGUCUGGUCGGUGGUCGGCUAAUUUCGACCAUUCAUUCAAGUCAGGAUUGGGAAGUAACGCGCGUUACACUUGUUAUCGUUUAACAAAUUACCUUCGUCGAGUAACGAGGAAAAUAUUGUGUGCGUGUGUGCGUGUGUGUGUAUGUGUUUCUUUCUUUUUUAUUAACAGCGGGAACGUUAACGCAAUUACAUUUCGAGCAACGCGAAAACGGGAAAACGGCAGCUUUCGUCGUUAUUUCAUUUCACAGAGUGCGAGACAAUUCUGGACUAACGAUAGCGGUAACACUCGUCACUUUUCGGUGAUGAAAAACAAAACUUUCCCAACCACAUUUCGCGUUAUAUAAAUGAUGUAAGAUAACAAGAAUAAGCCGAACCGUAGGACUAAAUUAAAGAUUUACCGGUAGAAAGUAGCUCUCACGUGUCGCUCUCACGUGUCCUUCCACGCUUGGAAGGAGUUAAUGUUUCGUAAAUUAGACAUUAAUCAAUUUCGCAGCCGGUCAGCCGUUCGGCUUAUUUUUUAACCACUGACUCAAGCCACGAUCCUCCUUCGUCCUCGUUCUCCUUCUCCUCGGGGCCCUCGUUGGUAUUUAUCAAAAGCGAUAUACGCUCGAGAGAAAGUAUUAUUGUUAUUUAUCUCUUAAGCACUCGUACUUCCGUACGAUCCAUAAUUCGCGACACGAGGACAUUUUCCCCUCCCCCCUCCCCCCCCCUCUCCCUGCCCCUCACGUGAUACGCCAGGCGCUGUGCAAUACAGAAAAUCUCUUCGGAUGUUCACUCGAUUCUGCCGUGAAUUACGGAUCGUCCGGAAUGGAUCUUACAAUUGCAGACGAGAACAACGGCACAUUUUUACACGAGCUCUCCGCCGUGAGAGAGAGAGAGAGAGAGAGAGAGAGAGAGAGAGAGAGAGAAUCUUUCGGAUGGAGCGCGGCGCGAAUUGUGUCUCAAUAAUAUACAUAGAUGUAUCAAUCUUCAUGUAGACGUUGUCACAUGUGAAGCUAGAGCGGAAGGAGAGGGAGAGAGUUUGCACGUCUUUUCUUCUCACUGCGGUCUUCGAACAAUACUUAAACAAACUCGCGCGUGUCCCUCGUUCUCACCUCCCACAUUAUUUAUUCAAUCAGAGCAAUAUUGACAUCAACUUUUCUCCCCUUCUUUCUCUUUUUCUGCUCAGGCCGUUACUCAUCGGGCAUUUUUAACUUUGUUUAUGCAUCCAUGUCCUUGCCCUUCGCUGCGUCCUGAGCCCUGAGUUUUAUUCGCGUUCAUUCGAGCAACAAGAUAGCGGCGAUAGCAGCAAUUGACUGGUCGCGGUCGUCUCCGCUACCGCUUCGUCUCGAGGAUUAUUCUGCUAGAAAUAGAAAUUAUUGAAUUAUCGGAUCAGAGGUGACAUGACGAUGCGAAGGAAUCGGUGGCUGCUGAGGGAGAGGGAAAAGCGUAUUACAUAUUGUAUUUAACAAUGUAAUCUAUAUCCCGAGUACUCUUGGAAAUGUUACAGUAAGAUACGCGAGAUGCGUAUUGUUAAAAGUAAUUAUCGAGAUGAACGUGUACUUACAGAAUGUAUGCAACGCAAAUAGAUACUUAACGGCGUCGCGAUCUAUUCGCGAUGCUAUAGCUUAUGUUGAGAAGUAGCGGUUGUCAAAUAAAACAUGUUUUUAAUGUAAA